GCCGUUUACAUGUGUUUACGUUCUACCGUAGUCAGCUAAACAUUAAAAGGUGAAUAUGCAGAAAAGUGCAGCAUACUCUACGAAGGAUUGGGAUGAUGUUGCAGACGUUCCUCUACUCCACGUGUCAUAUCUCAUUAAUAUAUUACUACCAAGACGCCAUUUUGGACAUGCUAGACUUCAGAUCGAAAAACAGAAAAUUCUUGAAGGGUUCUCAAAUGUAAAGGAGGGUCUUUCAGGCAAGUUACACAUUGUUCCUGUUGGAAGUAAGCCAGAAGGCUAUGGGAUACCAGAUGCUGUCAGAUUAACAGAUCAACCAUAUAUUGAAUAUAUGUCUGAUAUCGACGCCAUGUUAGUGCGAGAGGAAUUUUCCGCUUCGGCUAACGAAUUUGAAAAGGACGGAACAAGAAAUCCAGUUGUUAUUGAGACUUCUCACACUCACCCUGGGCAUGGACGAGUACGGUCCAGUUCUCCAACAGACAUAAACAGUAAAGUGUUAUAUCACGAUGCCGAAACAGACAAGUAUUACCUGAAUUCCUCUAUAAUAAUGGAGGAACAGGUAAAAAUGAUGGAAACCAGCGCAGACGAUGGCUUAGAAUAUUCUCUGCAAUGUCCAGCCGUUUCGUCAGACGACCCUAUUCCAAUGACACAGGAGAGAGGAAAACAAUCGAAACUUUUUCAUCCCCAGGAUUACGUGUUUGCUAUUACCUGUAUUUCGUGGCCAGAAUGUGCAAUACCAUGGACUAGGCGGCAGCAUACUAAUGGUUGGUUGGCAGCUGACAUUGUUGACUCGAUUGUUUCGAAGGGAAUCCAUAUGGUACCAGUAGCUCACCGAUUAAGUUGUAAUCCUGACAUUGAAUGGAGACUAUCGUUUGCAAAAGCUGAACAAAUCCUGGCUGAACAGGCGGUUACUUCAGCACAACGACAGUGUUAUGUUUAUCUUAAAAUCUUACGUAAGCAUGCCAUGCAGGAAAACACUAAACUUUCAUCUUACUUUCUUAAAAACGUAUUUUUAUAUUGUUGUGAGGAAUUACCAGUUCGAGUUUGGGAUGACGACCCUGCUGGCUGUGUUUUGUACAUGCUAGACAUUCUUUUAGAAUGCGUUCAAAAAAGAAACCUCCCUAGUUACUUCUUACCAGAAAAUAACUUGAUAGAUUAUUUAGACGAGCCAGAAUUACAGUCUAUUGAAUCAGCUCUACAAACUAUUCGUAGUGAUCCAAUAGAACCAAUUUUAGAAUUCACAGAUUUAAGAAUUUUCUGUUAUGCUCAGGAAUGUUUAAGUUAUAGCACAACUUUCCGAAAUAUUGUCCGGCUAGUCUUAGAUGAAAUUGCCUCAGUUGAAGAUGUUGAUAUUGGAAGAACCGUCUUAGGUUGUUUUACUGAUAUUCAGUGUAAUAUUGCAUCAGUGAUGCUAGGCGAGAAGAGGACAUCGUUUUCAUACCAUUUGGAUUUUUAUCAGCUUUUUGUACAGAAAUAUAUACAGAUGUCCUUUGUGGAUUUUGUUAAUUAUAUGGGAAUAAGACUAGAAACGCCUUUCAUUACGUUGAUGUUUUAUGAGAAAUGCUUGGCUGAGGUAGAAAACUUCCCAGAACUUGAAUAUUUGAGAGGGAAUAUGGCAUGCAUGUGUUUUGCCUUAGCACAAAGUCACGAUGAUAAAUCGAAAGAAAGAAAAAUGCGCUUAUACCAAGCAGAGAAACUUUACAACGAAGUUUUACAAAAUAAUGGUAUUCAUUUUGCUAGCACCAUUGACUUUGCAAACUUUCUAUGCGAUAGUGAAAGAUGGGAAGAAGCAAUAAGUCUGCUUGCAAAAUUCAUUGAAGCAGAACGAAAACGACCAUCGUCCAUGCAAAACGGAUAUUAUCCUGCCGAAUCUACAACACUUAAUGUUCAGCUUCAAAGGGAGGUCAAAUAUACAGGUUGCUUCCUAGCAAGAUCUUUGUCAUUUGCAUAUUAUUUCAUGAUCAAAGCAACCAUUGCGACAAAGUUAAAAAACUUGGCAGAUAUUCUGGAAAAAUUUGAAAAGCAUUGCCAGUCUGUGAACAGUUAUGGAGAUUAUGAACUUCUGGGAUACUGUGGACUAGAUACUGAAAAUUACGUUCUUGCAGAAUUGGCUUUUUCAAAGGCUGCUAAUUUACAUCAAAAUAAUUUACUAGCACAGGUGAACCUUAAUCUUUGCAGAGCCAACGAUCAACCAGCCAAAAAACAGCCUCGGACUGUUAACUUGAAAAUAGUUUUUAAAUACUGUCUCAGCAUUGCUUAUCUGCUAGAUGACAAUGUAUUUCAGGCAACAAAUCUACUUUUUGAAAGAUGAUGAAUGUAUAUGUAUACUUAUGUGGGUUUUACAUGUUUUGACAAUCGUCAGUUCAUUGUAAAUUGUUUUCCUAAGUAAAAAGUAUGAAAU